CCGGAUCAAACCGGGCACAGAAAAACAAAGAAAACCAACGAAAAAAACGACGCAACGCGGCGCGGCAGAGAAGACAACACCGCACCACCACCCCCGCCUCCUCCUCCUCCUCGUCGCCGUGCCCGAUGAAGGCAUGAAGCUGCCCCCGAGACAUGCCUCUUAGCCCACGUGCGCCCUCCCGCGUCUCGCCCAAGCCCCUUGCGCCGCAGGCAUGCCGUUCCCGCGCCGCGACAUCGAGGCCGCUGGCGCCGGCUCCGGCUCCGGCGACGACGACUCGCCGGCCGCCAAGAGGGGCAAGCCAGAGGCCGCGGGGGCGCGCCCCUCGCUGACGCGGACCGAGGCGGCCGCGGCCGCCUCCGUGCUGGUGCUCUUCCUCGUCGGGAUCUUCUGCGUCUUCCGCGCCGCGCCCCGCCGCGAGUUCGAACAGAUCCUCCGCCUCCCCCGCAGCCUCGCCGACGUCCGCCUCCUCAAAGACAAUCUUGCGGUGUAUGCAAGAGAUUAUCAGGCUAAUUUCAUACUGGGAUAUUGCUCAAUAUACAUCUUUAUGCAAACAUUUAUGAUCCCUGGAACAAUAUUCAUGUCUUUACUUGCUGGAGCUCUUUUUGGGGUGGUUAAAGGUGGUAUUUUGGUCGUAUUCACUGCAACAGCAGGUGCUUCGUCUUGCUACUUUGUCUCCAAGUUGAUUGGGAGGCCAUUGAUUAGCUGGUUGUGGCCUGAAAAACUGAGGUAUUUCCAGUCAGAGAUUGCCAAAAGGAAAGAAAAGCUAUUGAAUUACAUGCUUUUUCUUAGAAUUACACCAACUUUACCCAACACAUUCAUAAACAUGGCGUCACCUAUUGUUGACAUACCUUUCCACAUUUUCUUUGCUGCAACACUAAUUGGUCUCAUCCCAGCAUCUUAUAUCACUGUAAAGGCUGGUAGGGCACUAGGCGAUCUAAGAUCACUUAGGGAACUGUAUGACUCAAAAACACUAGUAAUUCUAUUCCUCAUUGGAACUGUUGCUGUUGCUCCAACGAUUCUGAAAAGGAAGAGAAUAUACGAAUGAUGCCACUAAAAAGCAUCUAAACAGUGUAUUAGUAGAGCACUCCAGAAGUGUAUUAGUUUUUUUUCCCUUUCUUUGUUGAUAUUGUAUACCUAUUCAAUUUAGCUGUAGAGAUGUAGUAGUAACAUGAUGAAUGUUUUCCUCAAUAAUAGAUGACGCUAAGCUGUUGCAUCUGUUGCCCCAAUGUUCUUAUAAAUCCCCACGUCCCAAUUAACGAUGCGGUGGAACUAUCUGGUUGUUGUGGUUUUACAGUAAAUCUUACUGCUCCCAAUUGGAUGGGCAACCUUA